AUGACUUGGAAGAGGCUCAAUGGGGAGUUGGUUGACGGGAAGGGCGCUGAGGGUGUGGCAGGCGCUGCUGUGGACGACGCGUAUGAAAGGUUGAGCGUGCAGGAUCCGGAGAAGGAGUUUCAUCUGCGGGAGGAGAUCGGGGUGCUGGAGAAGCGUCUGAAUGAGAGCAGUAAGGAACGCGAAGCUGUUUUGCGCAGGGAGGAUCAAUUAGGUUUACUCAUUCGCGCAAAGGACAUUCGACUCAUGGACGAUGGUGUGAGCGCACUCAGGCGGACGCUUGCAGUGCGGGUUCUGCAACUGGAGAUGCAGAAAAUUUUUGCGAGCGUGGCCGAGGAGAUCGAGAAGUCGGAUGUGGAGAUGAUGAUGGAGCAGCGGGUCCUUGUUGCAGAGUUUGGAGAUCUCGAUGAAAGAAUGGCUACUCUCGAGUUGUAUAUCGAACAAGAGGAGCCGCUGCUCAUUGACGACGAUAUCAUGGGGGAGCUUGCGGCCGAUAUUCAAGACCUGAAGACAAGGCUUGGACUCGACGAGCCGCUGUACUCAGCUGCUUCACUGAGUUGGCCACAGACACGACAGUUCUUUGCGUCCUCAGCAAAGAAGACCCGUGAGGGUGCAGAGUUCUACUCUCGAGGCAUGCGACUAUUCGCUGGGGAUAUGCGCUUUGCCAUGCGGCUCAUACGAAGAGCUGUGCUAGGGUACACGCCGUCGCCGAGGGAAAUUCGGACGAUUCGUCGUACAGCGCGCGACCUUUUGACACUGAUUCCGUUCACAGUCGUGUUGAUUGCUCCUCUAACCCCAGUUGGCCACGUCCUCAUCUUUGGCUUUUUGCAGAGAUACUGGCCAGAGUUCUUCCCGUCAACGUUUAGCGAGAGGCGACAAGCCGUCAUGAAACGCCAUGAGCAGUAUGCCAAGUCGCUCGGAGCGAAGGAAAAUGAUUCUCCUGAUGAGAGUGGGGAAGAAGGCGGUCCUGGACGAAAAGGAAGCCGCGGUGGCGGUGGUGGCGGUGGUGGACGUUUGGCGUGGUUGCGGAAGUUACUGUUUUUUGGCGUCUUGGCCAAUGAGGCAGAAGAGAAUGACAGUGACACAGACGAAGCUGGUAAGGGCACCAGCGCUACUUCAAGGAACGGGGUAGAUACCGGGGAGAAGUUGCCUGGCGUGGACAAGAAUGGGCUUACAAAGGAGGGCGAAACAAGCAGGGAUGGGCAGUCACGCUCGGUUGCGUUGAGCGACCUUGCUGAAAGCGCGAUGGAUGUCGACCAGAAAGCUCGGAAAAAGAGAUCUUCUAUGGCUCUUGAGGAACUGCACCUCGCGGAUUAAAGCCGUGCGACCGUCACAAAUACGCGGUGCCAUCACGAAUGGACUUUUUCGGCAAAAUGCAAAGUAAAUUAAAUCACAGCCUGUGUACUGGGUUGUGAGCGUUUUUGGGAAGUACUUUAUGCCUACUGAACAGUUGGUGGCAGGUUAUACAAAA